UUGGAAGUAUUUGGCUGCCUGCCUGCUUGUGGGAACUCCUGCAUGUGUGUCACCGCAACCUGGUGCGGGGAACUUCACUCUUUCCAGACAAACCAACACAUUCCUCGACGCCGUGACACCAACGGUGCAUGAUGGAUGAGCACCCUACUGCUGUAGCCCUACUUGCGGUGUGCAAAUUCAUCGAUAUUUGUUUGCUUUCGCCUAUCGUACGAGUCCCUCAAACAUAACUUGCAAUGGAAUAACCUCUUCUGCAAAACAGAAAAGCUCAGUAGCUCUUUACGCAGAAUUAUAAGAAGACGUUUCUGCAUCUUCAUCCGUGUCCUCUUACUGAACUCACCUCCCACUCAGACAUACCAAGCAUCAUACAAUGGCUCCUCAAAGACUCCAGAUCGCUGUAGCUGGUCUCGGCCGCAUGGGCUGGCGACACGCAAUCAAUAUCUUGAACAAGACACCUCGGGCCGAUCUCGUCGCUGCCUUCUCCCCAGAUGCCAAAGAGCUCGAGAGGGGUAGGAAAGAACUGGAGCCUUAUGGUGUUACUCUUUAUGACGACUACGACAAGAUGCUCCAGCACCCAGGUCUCCAAGCAGUCGUCAUUAGCACCGCAACAUCAGUCCACGCCGAAGAAGCUAUCAAGGCCAUGAACAAAAACCUGCACGUCCUGUGCGAGAAGCCUCUGUCGACAAGCGUCAAGGUGUGUCAGGAAGUUGUCGAUGUAGCUGCGAGCAAGCCGCACUUGAAGGUCAUGUGCGGUUUCUCAAGGCGGUUUGACGACAGCUACCAGGAUGUUGCCAAGUACAUCAAGGAGGGCAAGAUUGGAAGGCCAACCAUAAUCAGAUCCCAGACUUGCGACAAGAACGACCCGUCAGGAUUCUUCGUUGCCUACGCUGCAUGGUCUGGUGGUGUCUUUGUCGACAUGUCCAUCCACGACAUCGACCUUACGCUGUGGUACUUCGGCUCUAACGUUGUCCCCAAAUCCAUUUCAGCCUCUGGUGUUGUCGCCGUGCAGGGAGGACUCAAGCAGCACAACGACUACGACAACGCAGUAGGCAUCGUCGAGUUCUGGAGCGGUCAGAUUGCAUACUACUAUGCCUCGCGCAUGAUGCCUCACGGCCAGGAGGACGUCACAGAGGUUAUCGGUACAGAAGGCAAGCUAUCCGUCAAUUUGAACCCGCAGAAGAACUUGGUUCCCCAUGACUACUGGGGUAGGUUUGAGGGUGGCUUUGUCAAGGAGUCUAAUGAGUUCACUGCAGCUUGCUUAGACAGCACACCGCUACCUUUGGAACUCCAGGGCGCUGUCAAGGCAGUACAGAUUGGUGUGUGGUUGCAGGAGGCACUGGUCAGUGAAAAGCAGAUUACUUUCGACCAGCAAGGUAGGCGAACCCAGCGCGCCAGCUUGUAGACGCCUUGCCACAGUGGGCGUGUGCUUGUAGAUUCCCCAAAAAGCAGCUCAUCAUGGUCAUAGUAUUGUUUCACCCAUAGAAUUUAGGACUGUCAUGCGUUAGGAACCAAUAGAU